AUGAGGACUUCUUCAUUGAUUUCUCUGAUUUUCCUUCUCUUUGCCCUCUCCACCCAACACCUAAAAACCCUAGCUGAUUCGGAACAGGUUCUUGACUUCUAUGGCAAUGCUCUCGUGCCUGGUAAGCUAUACCACAUUCUCGAUUUCACCGACCAUGCCCAUGGAAUUCAAACGGAAGAACUCGAUGAUCAAACCUGCCCUAUUACAGUGAUCUUCGGAGCUGAUGCGAAAAAGGUGAUUUUCACUCCCAAAGACGAAAAAGCAACAAGUAUCGUGACAGAACAAGAUUUGGACAUCAAAUUCCUUGAGGUUUCUCGAUGUGCUAAAUCAGGCAACUGGGCUGUUCAAGUUGAUGCUGACAAAAAUAACCAUCUUUUGAUUGGUCCACCUACUGGUGUUGAAACCUGGGAUGGUUCAUUCCAUAUUAGGAAAUCUAAGACUGGAACUGCAUAUAAUCUUGCCUUUUAUCUUUUUGAACGUGAUGAUACUUUCUUAGUGACACGAAACUACCGACCAAAUCAAGAUAUUUAUCGUUUGGAGUUAUGUACUGACGAAGGAUUCGAUGUUGUGUUCUACCCUUAUACCCCAGCCACCUUAACUCCCCCCAGUGUGUCUCGUAUCCGUAAGAGAGUUGCUUAA